AAUACACGGUUUUACUCUCCAGUCUUCCUCGGUCCCGAUAUUGACCUUUCACAGAAUGUAAUCUGUGUAGAACGUCAUCGUUGUUUACAUACUGAGGGUGACAAACUGAGACUGUCGGAUUAGGCUGAGGGUGACAAACUGAGACUGUCGGAUUAGGGUACACAUGUAUAGCUGGUCAGGUACAUGUACACCAAAUCAACCUAGGACCUCGAGAAUAAGACACGGCCAUGAAGACGCCGGAUGUCCUCUGGACGGACGACGUCCCAUUUGUAUGGGUAAAAAGGGCAGGACGUUUGCUGAGAAUUAUUGGGCAGGCCUUGUUUUUCUCUACAAUCAUCGUCUUUUCGAAAAUCACUUUUUGUAAAAACUUUAUAAUGCCAAGGCUGAAGAAGAGUGGUAUUCCCGGAAUUCAAAAAUUAGACAUGAACUUAUCAUCCAAAACAAUCGCCUCAAACUCUAAGGCUUUAUUGGCAGACGCACUAUCGAGGCAAACAUUUCUAGGUCGUAAAGCACCUAACACAAGUCUUUAUAACAUGGAUACGAAAACGUACGAAAAGCUCUACAGUUUUCAAAAGGCCGGACGCCCUCUGUUGUUGAACUUCGGAAGCUGUUCCUGACCUCCGUUUAUAGCAAAAGUCGAGGAGAUCAAGAAGAUCAUCCGCGACUUUGCUGACAUCGCCGAUUUCUUGACCAUCUACAUCCGGGAGGCACAUCCCGUGGAGGGAUGGCAGAUAUUCGGACACCAAUUCCAGGAUAUGAAGGAUCAUAGAUCUCUGGAGGACAGGGUCGAGGCCGCGGAAAUGCUCCGGGACUUCGAUCUCAAAUGUCCUAUACUGAUUGAUCCCAUGGAUAACCAGAACGCACUUCAGUAUGGGGCUGUGCCGGAACGUUUGUAUAUCCUUUAUGAUCAUACAGUGAUGUACUUUGGUGAUUCUGGACCACACAACUAUAAGCCAGACGCAGUUAGGGCGUGGCUAGAGCGUUUCCGGAACGAGGCGUAGAUUCGGGACUGGGGAACAAUACACGGGGCACAGUUAGGGCGUAGCUCGACAAGGCGUAGACUCGGGGCCGGAAAACGACAAACAAUCCCGGCGCAGUUAGGACUUGGUUUCCGGAACAAGCUGUAGAAAGAUAUUACCAAAAACGACCUGGACGAUAAACUGCGAUACAUAUUUUAUGAACUACUAAACAGUAUUCUUUGUAGAUGCCUAAUACUAGCGAAAUGAUGUCCAUACGCAAUUGGUUAUAUAUAGCAUGGUUAUAUUGUAUUUUCACUAAUUAACACGAUAUUAUGUUGUGAUAACAUCUUUGAUAUAUGAGUUAUGUAUUUAUGCCUGAUCAAGUUUGAUCGAACUUAUUUGUUAUCAUAGAAUGACGUCACAAAUGACGAAUGAUUUUCCUUAGGUUAAAAUCGAAUAUCUUUUGAAUUGAUGGAUUCAUCGGUGUGUCUUGCUAUGUUAACUUAGAACUCGGUCUUAACGAUUUGAUUUAGAGAGAAAAAAAGAAGACCCAUGGUUAUACAUAAUCAUCAAGAGAAUGGAAUAAAUUUUCAGUCAAGUGUCA